ACACUGAUAGCCACAACAACGUCCUCGGUGCGGCUAGCUAGAUAUGCUAAGAUAAGUUUGGUUGGUAGUCGUACCUUUGUCGUCAAUGCUUUACCAUUUAUAUCACAUCCAGCGCAUCGUCUCCCAAGAGUUAGUUGUCUUGUUUCGACAGAGUAGCGCAGGUUGUUUCUCUAUAUAACGUUACGUGGCACGCAGCGUUAGCCACUCACAUCGGUUGUUUACAACAUGGAGCUAACGCUGCUAGCUUCUGUGUAUUCGUUCCGCGUUAGCAUGUUAGCACCGAGGCGCUACUCAACUUAACUGCGUGUCACUGCAUUAUAAACACAUGUGUCAGCCCGCGGGUCACCGGUUAUCGUUUAUACAGUGGUUUGUGAAUGUAGUCGAGACGACAGCCCGAUAGCUUUUGUGUACUGCGGUUAGCCUUGUUAGCUGGCUUAUCUGUCGGUGUUUGCCACAGAGGUUGCGGUGCUGCAGUCAUCGCUGUCUCAGACAACAUACCGCGACCGCUCCUCACUAACAUGACCCUGUCGUGGCUGCUUUAUGACAGUGCAUCGUGUUAACGUGCUGAAAGUGUGCAAGUGGAAUGAUUUGCUUGACGUUAAGCUCCAGUUAAAGUAAUGUGUGCUCUCGGUCGUUUUCUGUGCUCGAUCUUUAACUAGCUGCAUCACUAAUCCCUGAAUGUGAGCUGUCUGGGCUGCAGGAUCGCUCAGAUCUGACUGACACCUUCACAGGCAGUUGUGUUAAAGAGCGGUGUAGCCAGGACUACUUGUAUCGCAGUCCGCUGUAGAGAUUACAUUGUAGUUGUAGGCUUAGAGUGCUGAAGUUAGUUUGAUGUAGCAGAAUGGAGAGACUAAAUUUUACGCCCUCGGCCCGAGUUUGACAAAUGGAUGAAAGAAUUCUAUACAGUAGAGGAAUUUGAAGACAGUAUAAUGCAAAAGAAGAUGAAAAUUCCCAAGAUGUCCAUCAAGAAUUCAGGAAACUCUAUUGAGAACAAUUUUGGAGAGGAGAGAAUGCCACUGAGACAUAAAAAGGCCCUGUCUCAGGACCAUGGACGCCCCCUUUCCAACUCCUCCAAGAGCCUGGCAGCAGUAGUGGCUCGCCUGGAGAGAAAUGCAGCAAGCUCCUGUAUGGAGGGCGAAGAGGACCUGGAUGAGGACCGGCUGGCUGAGGAGGGAGAGGAUGCAGACGACGAAGAUGACGAUAUGGAGGCAGAGCAUCAUCAACAUCAUCACCAGCAGCAACAACAGCAUUUGGAGGUGGACACGGAUUGUGUGUCUGGGGUAGCUGCAGCCGUGGUUCCUAGAGUCCUGUAUGAGGAGCUGGUUCAUAGCUACAGGCAACAGGAGGAGGAGAUGAGGAGGCUGCAGCAGGAGCUGGAAAGAACCCGCAGGCAGCUGGUACAGCAGGCCAAGAAGCUGAAGGAAUAUGGCAGCUUGCUGACAGAAGUCAAAGAACUGAGGGACUUCAACCGGAGGCUGCAGGACGUGCUUCUCAUGAGAUUGGGCAGCGAGCCUAUGCAUGACAAUGGCACUCAGACAAUCAAGGCUGAAGUGGUUGAACCCAUUGUUGAGGCCCAGGAGACAUGCAGAGAAGAAGCCAACACCAGUUCCAGCUACUCACCCUCACCCAGAACAGUAUACACCUGCAAUGAUGGGAAGGUACAUCUAGGUGGAGGGAUCUGGGUGGAGGAGGAGAAGUGGCACCAGCUGCAGCGGACCCAGGGAGACUCCAAGUUCACAAAGAACCUGGCUGUAAUGAUCUGGGGCACAGAAACCCUCAAGAACCGUAGUGUCACUGGAGUGGCCACCAAAAAGAAGAAAGAUGCUCUGCCCAAACCUCCACUGUCACCCAGCAAACUGAAAAUCGUCAGAGAGUGUCUCUACGACAGAGUGUCUCAAGAGACAGCCGACAGUGCAGAGAUUACGCAGAGAUUGUCCAAAGUGAACAAAUACAUUUGUGAAAAGAUAAUGGACAUCAACAAGUCCAUCAAGAACGAGGAGCGGCGGGAAUCCAAGCUGCUCAUCAGACAGACAGUCAAGAUGGAGAACUUCACCUAUGACGGCAUGUAGUGAUCAACGUUUGUCACGCCAGCGCCUUCUGCCUCCCCCGUGGUCCGCAGGAUAUUGAGGGGACUUGAUAUGGGUGGUUUGGGGAUGUUUGUCACAGUUUCAGGAGCAGUUGUUUCCCUUUGACACAUUGGAUUGGUUAUUACGUGAAACAAUAAAACAAAUAGACCCCUUCCCAGCUCCCUAUAGCGCAACCAUCACCCUCUUCAGUGCCCAGUUUCCUCAUUGGGUAGCAGACAGCUUUACCCACCAGUGAAACGUUAAACACGUGUGAACUAGUGAUAUGAGCUGGUAUGAGUGUUUUUAUAAGCUUUACAGUGGGAUUGGUACAGAGAUUUGGUUUAUUGACGUGUGUGCAUUUGUGUCAAAGGGAGAGAUUAGAUAUGUUUGUUAAAUUGAUUUAUUGUUCUGUGUCAGAACAUCAUUUUGAGUCCUUAAACUUUUAAAAAGUAAGAGGUAAUUUCCCUAGAUAAAGUCUGCUGAUGCUAUAGAGAUCAUGAUGCUAGCUUGCAUUAGAUCUUAGUUGAGUGAACGGUUGGAUAUUUUGGUGACUACUGUUUGCUGUUGGUACUUACUGCAUAGAAUGGGACAACAGGGUCUCAGAUGCACAAGUCUUAAUUAGUAACAGCCAUACUGCAUUUUGCAACAGAGAUUCUGUUGCUCAUAGAGAUUAAUUUCCCCCCUUAACUGUAGGCUACUCACAUCACUUUAUUAAAAACAAGAGCUUACAGAGGUUAAAUGUGAAGUAUGACUCUAAUGUAGAGUCUAUAGAGUGCUAUAUUUGUUUUGUUUUUUAUGUUGACCUUUUAGUUCUGAGCAUUCAUGAUCAGAGAGAGAGCACAAGGAAAUGUGUUUUAAUGGGAUAUUCCUGUGUUACUCUUCAAACAUGUCAUUUUGAGACAAUUUGACUGUUUAAUGAGUUUUAGUGGUACAGGCAUGUUGAUGCCUAGAAAGGCCUUAAAUGGAUUUGGCAAUCACCGGGGGCCGGUUCGCCCCUGGGUUUUCUAGUAGGCUGUGAUUGUAAAUGUAUAAUAAGCUGAAGUGAUGAAACUUCACCUGCACUUUGCUGUGAGAAUGUAAAAGGUGGUUAUGGGUACUAUUUUCUGUGCGAUUCACACCCUUAAGGUGAGCUGAUCCGAGCUUCGAGCUAUCCCCACUCCUGUAUUUAAAAGACGCUGUGCUGCACGGGGAAAUGUGGGGAAGAAAGCUCUGCACGGUUCAAGUCAUCUUCUUGUGAAAGCAGUGUUAGUUGUGGGUAAAGCUGUCUGAAACACUAUUAUACUGUUGAAGUUGUCUGGGCCUGCUGAACCCCAUAAUAACCCCCUCUUUUUUAAAGCCACGCCACUGGGGAACAAAGUAAGGUUGCUCCAGUGACAAUUUCCUCUGAGCUAUGCCAUCAAAACUUGGAAAAUAUCCUCUUUUUCUUCUAUGUUUUUUUCAUGUUUUUUUUUUUCUCUUCAGUUUUAUUGUUUUGAUCCAAAAUGGUUUGUGUGGCUGUCUGCAGGCUGGAACUAAAUGCUGCAGAUUGAAAUCUCGACUGUGACCUAGCUGUGGCUAACUGUGAAUCUUCUGCAGAGCUGCCCAUCAAGCCUCUCUCCUCUUCACACUCUAGAUUCUUGUUUGUCAGUUGGUUUAUUUCUCUAUCAUUUUGUCUGUCUUGAGUUUUUUUGUUAUUUCAAAAAGUUCAGAUCAGCCUUUUGUUAAGCUACCUUAUGUUUUGGAAAUAUUUUAGUGUACAUAAAAAAAACAUCUUUUUAUUUUUUUUUUUCCACCAAACAUGGAUAUUUUCAGUUUCUAGUCAUGUUACAUGUUACAGUUUUAACAGUUCUGGUCAAGUUUUGGUUUAUCUAAUUGAUGUUGUAAUUCCAUGUUACCUGACAAUUUCUUCUAUUUCUUUUUACACUUAUCUUAUUGUUUGUUUGUUUGUUUUUUUUUCAUAUGAAUUGUUGGCUUUAAGCUUGAUGUUGUAUCCAAAUGUAGAUCAGUGGAAUCUACAAACACAUGAAAAAAAAUUUGCCCUUUCUUAGCCAAAGUGAUUUCUGUGGAACAAGAGAGACGAGGCUUCCCUUAACAUCAGAUUUUGACAGAGCCCAUACAUUAUACUACAUUCACAACAUGUGAUAUUUAAUAACAAACCUCGCUUAGGAUCUACCUUCUAAUGAUCUGCCACAGUAAGAUGCGAAUCUGUAUCGUUAAACGGUUGUACUCAGAUGCAGUAGUUAGAUCAACACAAAUCAUUUACAUUGAAAGCACUUUAAACUUCUGGGCAAUUUCUUCAAUCUUAAAGAAAUGUAUUUGUGGUAUUCGUCCUUUUAAAUGUCUAUAUAGAUUAAGGCCUAACAAUCAUUGUAUUAUCAUGAAGCACCUUAGAACACUUUGGUUUAUUGUUUUUUUUAUGGCAGGAAUGAGUUACGGGAUAUGAUUUUUGUUAGUCGGAUAUGCCCCUGACAUGUCAGUGCUCCAAAACAAGCUUGAUCGAUUUAAUACUUCCAACUACUACUUGGAAGUAGCACUAUUGCUACUACUUCUGAAUAUUUAAAUCUUUGAAGAUUUAUUCGGGGUGUUUGGAAGACCAGAUUUCCAAAAGUUACUCUAUGAUUGGAUUCAAUGGCUUACUUGGCAAAUUGACAAACAAAAAAUCAACAUCUUGGCUUUCAUGCCCAAAACAUGAUUCAUCAAUCUAAAGAGAUUUACCUAUGAAAUGUGCAAGCUGACUGGAAUAUGUGCUUUAACUUAAUGUGUUAAGAUGCUGGUUGUGUAUAGAUAUGACUUAUAUAAAGAUAAUUGUGUAUUUUUUACAAAUGAGUGGUAAUUGUAAGCCAAAGUAUUGAAGGUUGAGAUCAAGCUAAAGAAGGGGGAUGCUGACUGAGGAAUCAGUGGGGUUUGCACAAAAAAUGGCCCAUGCCAAGGUAAUAGAGCUUAGUGAAUCUUAAACCACCAAAAUUAUGACAGAUUAUCCAGUGAUUUUUUUUUUUUAUUCCUAAAAAUAUCCCUUUUUUAGUGACCUUUGGGUUUUUGUUUUCCCUGUAUAAAG